AUGAACUCAUCAUGUGCUCCUCAAUUCGUGAUGAUGCUAAUGAUGUUAGGGGCAAUAAUGAUUCUUGGUUGUAUGAAAGUAAGCAACGCUGCUGAUUGUAACCCAAUGAAACUGAGUCCAUGUGGCCCGACAAUCUUUCACAACAUAGCUCCGUCGGGAAAAUGUUGUGCUAGGCUGAAGGAGGAGCGUCCUUGCCUUUACCUGUUCAAGAAAGAUCCAGCCCUCAGGAAGUAUGUGGACUCCAAAUAUGCCAAAAUGAUUGCCAUGAUCCAGGAAGCCUUAAUUUCAUCUCCACCGCUACAGCCUUUCUGUCUCAACCUUGCCACAAGUCCACUACCUGUGAUGGACUCCAUAGCAGAUCCGUUCUCAAAACUCUCCUUGAACAAGAGAGAAACCACCAUCAUUGAACCCGAGAAGGAUGCAGCCCUUGACUAUGAUCGCGAAAAGGCUUUGUUUGGAAAACUCAUAACGAGUAAUGUAAUCGGGCAUGGUGUCAUCGUUCAGAAACUAAGGAAUUUUUGGCGACUUCGGGGAACCAUAUCCACAAAUGCUCUAGGUGAUAAUACCAUUCUGUUUUGCUUCAGUAAUAUCCUUGAUAAGAAAAGGAUGAUAGCACGGUCUCCUUGGUUUGUAGAAGAUCACCUCCUUGUCCUAGAAGAAGACACAGCGAAUAUCAUAGCCAAAAAACAUACCUUUUCACGCUCGCCGUUAUGGAUCCAGCUUCAUGAUUUGCCCAUCGGGCUGAUGUCUAAGAGCUUUGCAGCCACUGCCGGUAACAACAUAGGCCGAUUCCUUGAAGUCUACUGUGAUAAUGAGGGUUCAUGUAUUGGAAGGUUUCUCCGCAUAAGGGUUGAGGUGGAUAUCAGCCUGCCUUUAAUGCACCAAACCAGCAACCCUUUUCCGGAACGUCGAUUUCAACGUCGACGGGAUGAAGGAGGAACAACCACUAUGACACAAAACCUAGGAGACAACCUAAAAUCCAUCCAAACCAGCGAUCCUAAACCUGCCACUCAUAAAACAUACAUCGAAGCCCUAGCCACAAGCCCCACACUGAUACCCACACAGCACUCGAUACCUCCUUCAUCAUUAACUCACACUUCUCAACCAGCCACAUCACGUCCUCCUCCCUCCACAACUCAGGAACCCUCCCCUUUGAUCUCUCAUACGGUUGUGCCUCACACAAUUCCCCGACUACCGAGAAUGUCGUCGAUUAGAGUGGCUACUCAUCCCAACAUACCAUCUAGACACUUUACCCCGGCAAUUGAAGCAAAAUAUUUCUCUGAAGCUUUUUCAGAAAAGAAUCACAAUAAUCCAAACUUGGUGCACGAUGAUGACGGGUCAAUUCUUGCGUCCUUAUCGUCGGUACUAAACCCCAGGAAAACCCUUGAAGAAAAUCUUGGUCUUGGUGCCUCAACUGCAAGGCCAACCCAUGCUGAAGCUCAAACUUUAUUGCAGCGCACAAUUGAUCAAAUGUUCCCCCCGAAUUCACCCCCAGGUUCACCUCCCCGAGUUGAUCUCCCACCGAAUGUCACCGGGGCAGAAUCGACAGCCUUAUACCAUGUUAAGUUGGCAGCCAACACCCAGGCAUCAGUACCAAGUUCACAACCCACCCUCCCGUCCACACCACCAACUUCAUCUCAACCCAUCAUUGAUUAUCCACCUUCCCCGCCCGCAUCUCCACAGCCGAGUACUCAAAACAACACCACCCUGCCGGGCAGUCCCUUCUUGGUCGAUGUCCUUAUGCUAGUCGAUUCUCCUCUGGGAAGAGCUGAGAGGAAAGUUUCAAUCCGACGCCUCCAGAAGAUAUCCUCCACUUCGUCCAAAAGCAACUCAGGGAGAACCACAAAAAGAAAACUGAUGAUAGAAGAUGAAAUUGUAGAGACAAUUCCAGUCGAGGCUUUGCCCAAGAAGGCGCGAGUUGAUGAUGUUGCUUGGUAA